AAAAGCCAGCAAAGGACGAGAACAUAAUCACAGUUAAAUAAUAUCAGAGCAGGAGAGUGCAAGAUUUGCUCUGAUACUUUAAGGAUUUCAAAAACUUGCGAGGCAGACUGGUGUGGAACGAAAUUUGUCCUUGCAAGCCAGAAGGAUGAAGCAUUGGAUCGGUCUAAUUUACCUGGUCUUAACGUUAAUAAUCAGUCAUGUGCUCGGGUCAAAUGAUAAGCAAAAUGAAGCAACAGACGAUCUAAGGCUCAGCCGUUCAGAACGUGAUAUAGGCUCUGAUGAAUCCAUGCCUGACGAAUACUAUGCUGAUGACGCAGAUGAACAAAGCUUUGACAAACGCUGGAGCCACACAGGGCGCUUUGAUCCAUUCGAUUCACUUGCUAGUGGAAUUGUUUCAAAGCGGUAUUAUAACGGCAGAACGUUUGAUUCUCUCGCAAGCGGUUUGGUUGGAAAGAGAUUUGGUGACGGUCGGAAUUUUGACAUGCUGGCAAGUGGAUUGGUGAGCAAGAGAUAUGGCGACGGGCGGAAUUUCGAUAUGAUGGCAAGCGGGCUGGUAGGAAAGAGAUUCGGCGACGGACGAAAUUUUGAUUCGUUGGCCAGCGGGCUGGUCGGGAAAAGAUUCGGCGACGGACGAAAUUUCGAUAUGCUUGCAAGCGGACUGGUUAACAAGAGAUUUGGCGACGGACGGAAUUUUGAUUCGUUGGCCAGCGGGCUGGUCGGGAAAAGAUUCGGCGACGGACGAAAUUUCGAUAUGCUGGCAAGCGGCCUGGUUAACAAGAGAUUCGGCGACGGUCGGAAUUUCGAUACGUUGGCCAGCGGGUUGGUCGGAAAAAGGUUCGGCGACGGACGAAAUUUCGAUAUGCUGGCAAGCGGGCUGGUUAACAAGAGGUUCGGUGACGGACAGAAUUUUGACAUGCUCGCCAGUGGAUUAGUCGGUAAACGUGAUGAUGGAAGGUAUUUUGACUCUCUUGCAAAUGGAAUUGUAGGUAAACGGCAAUACGUUGGUUAUUUUGACCCUGUUGGCAGCAGUCUUCUUGGAAAACGGCGUCCCUUUGACUCUCUUGCAAGUAGCCUUAUUAAGCGGUAUGAUGAUGCACUAGGUAGUAACCUACUUGGUAAAAAGUGGGACGGGAAUAGAUACGGCAACUUUGACAGUCUUGCAUCAGGAUUAAUUAGUAAACGGGAGGAUGAAACUGACGAUAGCCCAGAAAAAGAAUCAGACAUUCAACUCUUUCAGAAGCGAGGAUACAUUCACCCAUUUUGGAGAUCUCGUUACUUUAAACGGCGUCCUUUUGACUCUCUGGCUAGUACACUAAUUCGCAGAUGAGGGCGCAAUACCUACGUGUGUAAACACUAAGUGCUUUGUACAUGCAAAUAAAGUAUGUUUUCUGAUAUGUUUUAUGAAAUAUUUAAAGUAGCAUUCUCCAAAUUCAUUUAAAGAGAUGGUCAUGUACAUUUUAAACGAUAUUUAUUCUUUAAAAUUAUUUAAAUUCAUCACGUUAUGACUAAAACGAAAGUGAACGUUUUUUUGUGUAAUGUGAUUAUAUUACAAAGGCAGAUUGGG